CUAACAAAUCAGUGGUUUUGUGUGUGUGGCAACAGUAUUGAUAUUCAAAAGUAACGUAUUGCAAUAGCCAACUCGCAGUAUUCACAGUGUAAACUAAUAUUUAGAAAAUAUUCUAAGCCGAACAUACCAGUGAAAAUAACCAAAUAUAAACAAUAAAAAUGUUUCGACCCAGUUGAUUAAGAUAUAAAACAAAAUUUCAUAAAGAUAUCAAAUAAAUUAAAAAAAAAUAUUUCCAUAAAAUAAGAAAAGCUAAAGCUAAAACCCAAAAUAAAAAGGAAAACAAUAAAACUUCUUGUUGUUAUACGAAAAAACAAGUUUACUAAGUAAAAAGUUAAAUAUUAAAUAAUCCUACAAAGCAUUAUUUCAAUGACAUAGUUUUUAAACUUUCAAUAUUACCAACAAAUAUAGGCGACAUAAAAGACAUAAAAUUAAAAAUCUAAAAAAAACAUUUGCAUACUACAUAUAUAAGUGUAUAAAGUUAAUAAAAAAAGAAACCCUCUCAACUGCUACGCCAGAACAGUCAUCGAAUCAACAAGACAGUUACAACAAUAAACGGCAACAAAAGUCGAGCAACUACACGCAGUUCCAGUUAAGAACAGUCAAAAAAGACGCAGAAAAAGUUAUUGAAAAUCAACUAAGAACCAGCAGCAAAACUUCACUAACAGCGCAGCCUAAAAAAGCACAAGACAGUCAAAAUGGCCGACAAGAAGAUAGCAGAACAAUACUAUUCGCCACCGCCAAAGAUGGGCAAAUGGGAGGGUUUCAAAAAAUUCCUAUGGAACAGUGAAACUAGCCAAUGCCUUGGCCGAACAGGCGGCAGUUGGGCAAAAAUUUUAUUUUUCUACAUUAUUUUUUAUGCGGCGUUAACUGGAUUCUUUGCUGCCAUGCUGGCUGUGUUUUAUCAAACACUGCAGGUGGAUAAACCCAAGUGGACAUUGAGCGAUGGAAUGAUCGGUUCGAAUCCAGGUCUUGGUUUCCGACCAAUGCCCCCAGAGGCAAAUGUUGAGAGCACUUUAAUCUGGUACGAGAAAUCGAGACCCGAAAAUUACAAAUACUGGGUCGAUGAAACUGCAUCAUUCCUUCAAUCCUAUGAAAAUCUACCAAAGCAAAAUCAAGUGAAUUGUUCAUUCGAACAUCCCCCACCAGAGGGUAAAGUUUGCGCUUUUGAUGCCAACGCUUUUGCACCAUGCACAAAGGAGAACAACUUCGGCUAUCAUCAGGCCAGACCAUGCAUAUUCCUUAAGUUGAAUAAGAUUUACAACUGGGAACCAGCUAUGUACAACGAGUCAAAAAAUCUACCAGUUGAAAUGCCUGUCGAACUACAGAAUCAUAUUAAAGAGAAGGAAAGCUUGCGACCAAAUCAGACCAGCGUCGUUUGGAUCUCCUGCGAAGGCGAAAACCCUGCCGAUGUGGAAAAUAUUAAAGCACGCGAUUACUAUCCACGCAUGGGUUUCCCCGGCUAUUAUUUCCCAUUCAAAAAUAUCGAAGGUUAUGUACAGCCAAUUGUCGCCGUACAAUUUACCGUUGAAACCGGCGUUUUAAUCAACAUUGAAUGCAAAGCUUGGGCAAGCAACAUCAAACACGAUCGCCAAGAAAGGAAAGGAUCCGUCCACUUCGAAUUGAUGGUUGAUUAAGAGCUUGCGCGCAGCCAAUAAGUGAACGAAGCACAGAUAUAAAUUAAUAAAAAAAAACAUAACAACAACCACACAAAAGAAAACAAAAAGAAUAAACAACAACAAUACAAAAAACAAAGAGAAUACUUAGCAGGUGAAAUAAUAAACGCAGCAGUAAAUAAAAAUGGACAACAGUUAUUAAAUGAAAACAAUAACAGUUGAAAAAUAAAACAACAAAAUAGUAGCAAAAUUAAGUGAAGAAACAUGCAGGGAAAGGCAAAAACAGGCAAAAUGCUGUUAAAGCAGUAUGAAGAGGAAGAAAGAAGGAGCUAGAGAGAGAGAAUCAGUAUAAUGAUAGUGAGUGUGAGAGUUAGCCAGAUUGGAGAGGGAGUGAUUGAGAGUGGUAGCUAGGAGCAAGCAGUUGAGAUGAAUGCAUGAAAAAUACAGCAACAACCAAAGAAUAAGAACAACAGGCCGAAAAAAUAAAUAAUUUAUAUAAAAUAAAAAGCGACAACAACAGCAACAGCAAAAUUAAAGGCUAUGAUACAAGAGAAAAACCCUAAAAAAUGUGUGCAAAAUAGUAAAAAAAAUUAAAUAUUUGAAAUAAAAAAUGCUAAAUAUUUAUUUUGCGAACGAAAACACACACACAAACACACAGUACACAUAACAAAUUGAAAAAAAAAACAACAACAAAGUAAACAAGUAAAACAAAAACAAAAAACUGCGGCAACACUGCUAAAUAGAGCGAGAGCAAACCAAAUAAGAAUUAAAUAAUUAAAUAAAAAAAAUAUAAAAAUAAGAAUUAAAGUAUAAUUAAUUAAUUUAAUAGACAAAGCGUAACAAGGCAUCAUUCAAUACAUAUGUACAUACGUACUCGUAUAUAUAUUAAUUUUUGGAGACACAAAAAAAAAUAGUAAAAAGGCAAAAAUACAAAAAUAAAAAGCAACAGCAGCAACCGAAAAAAUAUGUUUAUUUGUAAUUAAUUUUAUUUUGCGCAGUAAAAUAUAUAAAAUAAAUACGAUUUAUGGUAUUUAGUACCAAAAAAAAAAAAACAAAAACAAAAAACAGUAAAAGGUAUGUAUGUAUGUAGUUAAAGAGAAAAUUGCUUUAAAUAAAGCGUUCCAUAGCGCUAAACAUUUUGAUAAUAAUACAAACGCUUCUUUCGUACUUAUUUCUUUACUUUAAGGCUUACCACUUAAAUGGAGAGCAAAGCAAACGUUUUUUCGAAAAUCAGUAGAAUUUAAUUAUUGCAAAUACUUAUUAGAAUUUGUUGAUAUUUUUGACUAGUGAAUGCAAGUUGAAUAAACAAUUAUUAUUCUCAUUAUUAUGAAUUAUGAUUGAAAAGAUGAGAGAAAUUUAAAGAAUUAACGAAAACCAGCGCAGCGAAAUAAAACAAAAAGCAACAAAAACAAAACUAAACAAAUACAUAACAACAAAAAUAAACAACAUGCUUACACUGGGCAGCAGAUUUUCAAUAACUACAAAAUAAUUAAAUUACAAAAAUUAUAAAAAAUAUAUAAAUUUGUAAGCAUAAGCAGAGGCAAAAUGAACAUAAUUAAAUAAAGGCAAAUUAUUAAGUAAAAAAUUGUUUAAUUGCAGAUUAUAUUACGAAUAGAUUUCGUUUACAGGCAAAAUCGCAUGCGAUAAAAAUUUUAUUAAAAAAUAGCAAAACAAAGGUUUUGCAGCAAUUUUUUUGAAAACUUUAAUUGACAUAAAAAAAAUUUAUUGUCAAAAAGUCGCAUGCAAUAAAAAAAUAUUUAUUAAAAAAAUGUCAAACAGGUUCAUUAAUAGCAUAAAAAAUGUUUUGCAGCAAUAAUUUAGAAAAUUUUGUUUGACGGAAAAAAGUCGCAUGCAAUUAAAAAUAUUUAUUUUAAAAAAUUCAAGUAAACUAAUUUAAAAACAAAAGAAAAAUUGUAGCAAUAAUUUUGAAAAUAUUGUUUGACCGAAAAAAAAUCGCAUGCAAUAAAAAAUAUUUAUUAAAAAAAUGUUAAGCAAACUCAUUUAAAAACCAAAAAAAAUAGGUUUUACAGCAAUAAUUUUGAAAAUCUUGUUUGACCGAAAAAAAUCGCAUGCCAUAAAAAACAUUUUUUUAAAAAAUGUCAAGCCUACUUAUUUAAAAGCGAAAAAUGAGGUUUUACAGCAUUAAUUUUGAAAAUUUUGUUUGAUCAAAAAAAAUAGCAUGCAACAUUUUUUUUCAGAAAUGCCCGUACAGUCUUAUAAACAUAUAGUAAUAUAUAUUUAUGUAUAUAUACCAUGUUAUAUGUAUUGCUAAAAUAAACUAACCACGCCCCCCAAAAUGCAUAUACAGCUAACCAACACAACCAUAACAGUGAAAAAAAAUCAUGCCAACAACACACACACACUCACACAACCACAACAAAAAAAUAUGACACGCUGCAAACGCUGUUUACUGACAGCGAAAGUUAAACUUUAUAUAAAUUAAAUUAUUAUUAGUAUUAAAAUGAAGAAAAGUGUAAGUUAUGCAAAGAGAAACUUUGUUUAAAUUUGUUAUUAAAAUUUAAGCGCCCUCCCCUUUAAUAAAAUAUAUAUAAAGAAAAAAAUUAUAAAUAAAUUUAUUAAAACAAUAAAAUAAAAGUUAAGCAAGCAGACAGCAUGAAAGUUUAGCAAAAUUGAAAUUAAAUAAAAGAAAAUGAAAUUUAAAAAAUAAAUUAAAGCAAAAGUAUAUUAAAAAUAAUAAACAGCUUAUAAAUAAAUAAGCUAAAAAUGGUACAUGAAUUGUAGAUUUUUAAAUAAAAUUUGUGAAAAACGUAUUAUUUUAGUAAAUUAAAUUAAAUAAAAAUAAAAAUAAUAACAAAAGCAGCUAGCAAGCAACAUCAAACGAAAUGCUAAUAAAAUAAUAUUGAAAUAAUAACAAAAAAUAAAAACAAAAAAACAGUUAAAUAAUAAAAAUAUAUAAAUUGACAGCAUGAAAUAAAAUAAAAAAAUAACAACUUAACAUAAAAUAAUAAUAAUCCUCUUCACUUAUUACACUAGCGAGAAAUUAAAAAAAAAAUAUUAAAUAAGCAAAAACCUUAGUAAAUAGCUAAAAUUGUAUUAAAAAUAAAUUGCAGUCAGUGUGUGCAGUUAAGAAUGAAGCAGCAAAGUAAGCUAAUUAUUUAUAAUAGAAAAAUUUUCAAAAA